ACCCAGUCUACAUCCUAUUUUGUGUUGCGCAGCGCAACUAGUGCAGAGUACCAGUGUACCUGUCAGUUCAGAACGACAAUACACGUGCAGAUGUGAUUGGACUUGUAAUUCUUAUGUAGUUUAUUACCUUCGUCAACAUUAUUCUACGAGAUGUCAGAGGGCGGCUAUCAAGUUAUAACACAGAGUGUUGUCAACGUCAGAGUGACAAGCAACGUAAAUACUUUUGGAAGUGAAAGACGUUUCCAGAAAGAUCUGACAAUCUCUGACUUGAAGAACAAGAUUGAGCUACUGACGGGAGCAUCAUCUGGAACUAUGAAGCUGUCACUAAAUGACAAGGACAACAAGAUGGUAUGUCAGCUGGACAAUGAGGCUGCACUCCUUGGCUCCUACCCUGUGGAAGAUAACAUGAUUAUACAUGUAGAAGAUAAGUCUCUGAUACUUGGAGAAUAUGAAGAUGUUUCAAAAGUGAAGAAGUAUGAAAUGACUGCAGAAGACUAUUCAAAGCGAUCAGACAGUGUCAGGUCAUUUAAAGAAAGAAACAAGCUUGGACGUUUUGAUCCAGAAGAACAAGCUCGUAAACAGAAAGAAAUGCAGCAAAAGGAUGAAGAAGAAAAGGCAAGACUUGAAGAAAUGAAGAUAGGUGACCGCUGUGAAGUCCAGAUCACUGGUCAGCCCACACGAAGAGGAACAGUAAAGUAUCUAGGUGACACUGACUUUAAGCCUGGUCUGUGGGUGGGAGUGCAGUACGAUGAACCACAUGGCAAAAAUGAUGGCAGUGUUAGUGGCAAGCAGUAUUUCAGUUGUCAACCCAAGUAUGGAGGAUUUGUGAAGCCCCUGAAUGUAAAAGUAGGUGACUUUCCUGAAGAAGACUUUGGGUUAAGUGAUGAAGAGAUGUGAAAGAACAGCAGACCAAGUUAGCUCUCCUGAUCCAAUGUCAUUACCAGAAAUGUUAUCUUCAGAGCUGAUUUGCUGCAAGGUUGAUGACAUGCCUUGGAGAGAAUAUUGCAGUGAAAGAGAAGUUGUGAAUCGAGAGUUCCUUUCAGUGUGAUAUAAGAAAACCUGAAAGAUGAAAAUAACUUUGUCUCCCAUGUCCUGAAUUGAAGCAUACCUAAUGGUCCAAGAACUUCACCUGGUUUGUUCAGGAGGAUCUAUCAUAUGUAUGCUCAGUGCAGAAUUGCAUCAGGGAGACUGUUAUGCCUGUGGGCAGUUGUGAUGAACCACACAGAAACACUGAGAGAAGAUCGCUUAACCAGUAAAGCAGCUUUCAAGGACAGUAUGUUGCAUGGCCAUCUCUUAGUGUAUGAACAGCUACAUUUAUAUACAGUGGCUAUUUGUUCUGCUUGUGGCUCGUGAUGUGCCCUUGGAAAGUAACAUAUAUCUUUAAGCCCCAACAUCUACACAAACACAUUCUGUGAGGCAUUGUUAUUGCAAUAUUUGGUAGACUUCAUUGUAAUGGACUGUAAAGCAAAGUGCACUGUCUUGCUGUUUUUAUUGUAUUCCAAACCUGCUGGAUCACUUGUGUACAGGUUUGUGUCAAACUGACAUUCCUUUUGACUUUAAUACUAAAGUGCAGAAAUCCUUUUAAUCAUGUUCAUUUCCCAUACAUUAUUCCACAGAUUGAAAUCCUAAAGCUGAACAUUUAAAGUAUUGUAGUCAAUGUGCUGGUUCUAAACGUUUCAAAAUAUAACGAUUAAGGCGGAAAUGGAGAUUUGUUAUAAAUAUUAGCAUCUACUAUGAUGUUAAUGCAUUCUGUCAAAAGUUUUGAUGUGUUGGAACAAACUACAGUGUACCAGUAAUUGUUUUGACACAUGUUUUCUUGUAAUUCUUUUGUUAAAUUGUUUGUUUUGAGAAUGAAUUAGAUGAAUGUUGUUGCUAUUUGCUUUUAAUCAAUAACACUUAGAGAACUAUAUGUUGGUUAAGUUCCCUUUAUGAAGGCCCUGGAUCAGUUCAUUCCUUCGGGGAUGGCAAUUUUCCGCUGAUCCGCGGAUUUCAGCAGAUUUUAUUUCUCUUUGAUCAAUUCAAACCCCCCAUUCGGUGACACAAUACAUGUACAUGUGUAUUAGGUUUUCAGCUGAAAAUAGAUUUUCCUGUUGCCAUCCCCGUUUCUUAGUGUAGUAUCAUGCUGGACUUUGGAUCAGUCCACACAGAGUGUAACUUAUGGAACUAAAUAUGGCUUGCAGGAUGUGCAUGUUAACAUGAAAAUCUUGUUGCACUAGAUGACACCAGGUCGCUCAUCACAAUAUCAACAGAUGUGUAUAAUUGAGAAAAUAAAGUCUUUGAUCCCAGA